GAUUAGGAGGCCGACGACGAUGGCGACGCUGUCAGACCGCGAGACAAAGACGUUCAUGCUCGUACCGGCCGACAUGGCCCAGAGCCUCAACGUGCGCUCGGGCACGGAGCUCAAGGAGCUCGCGCGGUCUACCAAGACCUACAUGUACUUCAUCGACACGCCUGUCUAUAAGGACUGCCGCAUCCUCUGCAUCGCGGGCACGCCGAGGACGAUCGAAGCGGCCAUGCGCGCGCUCGUGCCACGCAUGCAGGAGAUCCUGCGCUCCAAGUAUGCGCCGACCUUCGAGUCAGUCUCGUACAUGCACGACAAGGCCGUCGUGCACAUCAGGUCGGACUUUGCGGCGCACCUCUUGGAGCAUGCGUCCACGCGCCUCAUGCAAGUGGCCGACGCCACGCACACGCGCAUCCACAUCACGAACGUCGAGGAGAUGGCAAUGGCCUCGCCGCUGCGGCGGCUGCACAUCUUAGGCGAUGCCGAGAACGUCAAGGACGCCUGCGACCGCCUCCACCAGGUGCAAUCCGAUUUUGAAGCAAAGCCAUCGGACCCAAGUCGCCUCGUCUAUACGCUUCGCCUCGUCUUGCUCAACCGGGACGUGGCAGACGUCGACAAUAUGCGCAUGGCUGCGAUGUACGAAGAGCUUCAAGUCGAGACAAAAACCUUGAAGCACGUGCCCAACCUUCCGAUCAAGACACUCUCUGUUCUCACGGGACCGCUCGAGAGCUUAUACGCAGCCCACAUUGCGACGAUCAAUGCGAUCAACGAGGGCUACGAACGCGGGCGACGGCGCAAGCAGCAGCAACAGCAACAGCACCAGCACGACCGAGACUACUCGCCCGACCGCGCUGGACGACCAAAGCCAUCUUGCCGACACCACCGCGCGGCGUUGCCUCACCGCCACGCAGCAGCAUGA